AUGAGUAUUGUUGUUGCUUUUCUUUUCCUUGAGUUACUUGCCAUAGCAACCAUCAACAUUAGCUUCUGCAAUGGAAGCUCUUACCAGCUGGGUUGCAUCGAAAGUGAGAGACAAGCACUUUUAAGGUUCAAGCAAGAUCUCAUUGAUCCUUCUAAUCGACUUGCCUCUUGGACUGCUGAUGAUGGAGAUUGUUGUACAUGGUCUGGUGUUGUCUGUGACAACUCGACAGGCCAUGUCCUGGAGCUCAACCUUGGAAAUGAUUUUUCGACUGAACCGGAGCCGUCUGAUAUUCUUGUUGCCGAACGUGAAGCUUUCAAUAAGUCUAAGUUGACCGGUAAUAUUAAUCCCUCUUUGCUUAAUUUAAAGCACCUGAUUUCCUUGGACUUAAGCUGCAAUGAUUCCAAAGGAGUUCAGAUUCCUAAAUUCUUUGGUUCUAUGAGAAAUCUAAGAUACCUUAAUCUUUCGGAAGGAGGAUUCCAAGGAAGGAUUCCGCAUGAACUUGGGAAUCUCUCUAAUCUGGAAUAUCUUGAUCUCAGCCAGGUUCGCUACUUGAUCAUUGGUGAAUGUUAUGGGGAUCUGCAUGUUGAGAAUUUGCAAUGGUUGUCAGGUCUUUCUUUGUUGAAACACCUUGACUUGACUACUGUGGAUCUCAGCAAAGCCUCUGAUUGGUUGCAGGUAAUAAACACGCUCCCUUCCUUAGUAGUAUUGAAUUUGAUAGGUUGUCAACUCCAUCACUUCCCUCCACAAACCUUUACAAAUCUUUCUUCUCUUGCCAUCCUUCAUUUAAGUAAGAAUAAUUUUGAAGGUCCAAUUCCUGAUGGACUUCAGAAUUUGACUUCCAUUAGACAUCUUUAUUUAAACUUUAACUCUUUCAAUUCUUCACUACCUGACUGGUGGUACAAACUUAGUCGUCUUGAGAAACUUUAUCUUACGUUCAAUCGCUUGCAAGGUACGAUAGAUGUUCUAGGAAACUUGACUUCUAUCAAAGAGCUUGAACUCUCGAACAAUAGAUUUGAAGGGGGAAUCCCAGUAUCAUUGGGAAGACUAUGCAACUUACGGAGCUUCUCUAUCUCAGAGGUCGAGUUGAAUCAAGAAUUGUCUGAAGUCCUGGAUAUUUUCUCUGGGUGUGUUUCAGAUGUACUUGAACACUUGGAUUUGAGUGGGAGUCGGCUUUUUGGACAUUUGACCAACCAACUUGGACAGUUUAAAAAUUUAAAUACUCUUUUGUUACCUCAUAACUCUAUUUCUGGUCCGAUUCCAUCAGCUUUAGGAAAACUUGGGUGUUUGCAACGUCUUGAUCUUUCCUACAACAUGUUCAACGGAACUGUUUCUGAAAUCCAUUUUUCCAAUCUCAAAAGAUUGUUGCAAUUUGGUGCAUCUGGAAACUCUCUAACGUUGAAAUUCAGUCCUCAAUGGGUUCCUCCUUUUAAACUUCAAAAUUUAAGUUUGAGUUCUGUUCCUUUAGGACCUCAAUUUCCAUCAUGGCUUCGUAAACUAAAGCAUCUAACUUAUCUAGAUGUAACCAACUCGAGCAUUUUUGAUAGUGUCCCAAGAUAUUUUUUUAAAUUUCCUUUCAAAUUUGUCUAUUUAGAUCUCUCACACAACCAUAUCUACGGUCAGAUUCCAAAUUUAACAGAGUUAAUUCAACUUGAGUUUCUUGACUUGAGUUCUAACAAUUUUUCAGGUCCUUUGCCUCUUAUACCCCUUAAUCUGUAUGUGCUCGAUCUUUCCAACAAUGCUUUGUCAGGAUCAGUUUUCCCUUUUCUGUGUUAUGAGAUGAACGCAUCAAAGUCUUUGAUGAAAAUUCUCAUCCUGAGGAAAAACCUUUUAUAUGGAAAAUUACCUAAUUGUUGGAUGAACUUACCAUACUUAACAGUUUUGAAUUUAAAUGAGAAUAAAUUUACUGGAAACAUUCCAGUCUCCUUUGGAUCUUUAAGUUCCCUUCAAUAUCUACAUCUUCGCAAAAACCACCUCUUUGGAACCAUGCCUAUGCCACUUAAAAAUUGUACGAAGAUUGUUGCACUUGAUCUUGGUGAAAAUGCGUUUGUUGGAAAAGUUCCAGCAUGGUUUGGAGAAAGUUUUCCUCAGAUGGUAAUUCUCAAUCUUCGAUCAAACAAGUUCGAAGGGCUUUUACCAAGAGAACUUUGCCAUCUAGCUCUGCUACAAAUCUUAGACAUUGCUGAUAACAAUUUUCACGGAAUUGUACCCGGAUGUAUCAAUAACUUCAGUGCCAUCACAAACAGUUCGGGAGAAAGUGCAUAUCUACGAUAUGGCAGAACCAGAGAUCUCUUUCAAGGUUAUGUUGAAGAUGCAUUACUUGUGAAUAAAGGUCAAAUGGUUCAAUAUAACACAAUUCUUGAUUGGGUGAGAAUAAUAGAUCUCUCCAAAAAUAAUUUCUCUGGAGAGAUUCCAGUGGAAGUUACAAACCUUGUUGCAUUGCAGGCAUUGAAUCUAUCACAUAAUUAUUUUACUGGUAGAAUUCCUGAGAAUAUCGGUAUUAUGAGAUCAUUGGAGUCUAUUGAUUUGUCUGGAAAUCAGCUUUCUGGUGAAAUCCCACAAAGCAUUUCAAAUUUGACAUUCUUGAGUCACUUGAACUUUUCCAAUAACAAGUUAAUUGGAAAAAUCCCUUUGAGUACUCAAAUACAAGGGUUUGAUGCGUCCUUUUUCACUGGUAAUGAUCUUUGUGGACCUCCCCUACCCAAGAAUUGUAGUGUGGUUGUCACAACAUCAAACUUCGAUGAUGGGGAAGAUGGCAAUGUACAUGAAGUUGACUGGUUCUUUGUAAGCAUGGCAUUUGGAUUUAUGUUGGGUUUCUGGGCUGUAAUAAGUCCAUUACUUGUCAGCAGCAGAUGGAGGUUUAUGUAUUAUAAUUUCUUAGAUAGUCUUUGGAUCAAAUUUUGCAGUAUUGUAAGGCGAUGUUGUGGGUUAGUUUCUGUUUGA